AUAAACGUUAAUGUAUUUAUAUCUCUGUGGUUGUAGUUUGAAGGACGAUGUUUAUGGUGCUUGCCCAUCUGCCAUGUGAACAAGCAGGAUGCUCACCAAAACUCCAAGUGUUGUUGCCCAGGUAUUCCUUCUUCUAAGCAUAGUUCUUGUCAUUGCUAUUGCUGUGAUUCAGAGAAACCAGCAAAAGAGCCUCUCUCCAGGACUUAAGUAUGGAAUAGUGCUUGAUGCUGGAUCAUCUCGGACUACAGUCUAUGUGUAUGAGUGGCCAGCAGAAAAAGAAAACGACACAGGAGUAGUAAGCCAAAUCUUCAAGUGUAAUGUGAAAGGCCCUGGCAUAUCCAGCUAUGAGAAUAACCCUAGAGCCCUUGCCAAACCUUUUGAUGACUGUUUGAAUAAAGUCAAGGAGAGAAUCCCAAUUCACCUGCAUAAAAAUACUUCUGCUUAUCUGGGGGCUACAGCUGGCAUGCGACUACUGAGGUUGCAAAAUGAAACGACAGCCAAUGAAGUUCUUGCAAGCAUUCAAAACUACUUCAGAGCACAGCCCUUUGAAUUUAGGGGUGCAAAAAUCAUAACUGGGCCAGAGGAAGGGGUGUAUGGAUGGAUAACAGCCAACUAUUUAAUGGGCAAUUUCUUAGAGAGAAACCUUUGGAGGGCAUGGGUCCAUCCGUACAGAAAAGAGACCAUGGGUGCACUGGAUCUUGGAGGAGCUUCCACUCAAAUUUCUUUUAUCUCAGAGGAUUUUCAGGAUAACUCCAAUAGCACCUUGCAUGUGAAGUUGUAUGGUUAUGACUACAAUGUCUACACUCACAGCUUCCAGUGUUAUGGAAGAGAUGAAGCUGAGAAAAGGUUGUUAGCAUUGCUGCUCCAGAAGUCAAGAGCCAGUUCCAAAGUGGAUAAUCCAUGUUACCCUCAGAAUUAUGAGACUACAUUCACAAUGAAGUACUUCUAUGGCAGCCUUUGCACGCAGUCUCUGAGACCAGCAAAUUAUUACCCGAACCAGCUUGUGAAAUUCCAUGGAACAGGAGACCCAGGUCUGUGCCAGGAGAUAGUGUCUUUAUUAUUUAACUUCACUGCUUGCAGAGACAGAGGGGACUGCCCAUUCAAUGGAAUCCAUCAACCAAAAGUUAAAGGGAAUUUUGUGGCUUUCUCAGGAUUCUACUAUACAAUUAAUGCUUUGAAUUUAUCUGGACACUUUUCCCUGGCAGACUUCAAUUCAAGCAUGUGGUUUUUCUGUGCACAGAGCUGGGUCCAGCUCCAGUUUAUGCUGCCUAAAUUUGAAGAAACAUAUGCUCGAUCCUACUGUUUUUCAGCAAACUUCAUUUAUUACUUGCUUGUACAUGGCUAUAAAUUUGAUGCAGAAACUUGGCCCCAGAUACAUUUCCAAAAAGAGGUUGGUAACAACAGUAUAGCAUGGUCACUUGGUUACAUGCUAAGCCUCACCAACAUGAUUCCAGCAGAAGGCAAGUUGAUCCAGUUACCUCUGAAACCUUCUUUGUUCACUGGGCUCCUCCUGUUCUUCACAACUAUGGCAUUGUUAUGUCUUAUCUUCCUUGUUUAUUUGUGUAUUGUACCAUCUAACCAGAAGAACAUCAGUCAUGUUGAACAAGUAUUUACUCCAGAGUGAACGAACUUUUUAAAGACCAAACAAAAAUAUUUUAGCGCUAUUAAGUUAUGUAGAAUUUUAUUUUUGAAAGUUGAAGGAGAAAUAAAGACAGGGGUCUUGGGGACCAGAAACGUAAAUACAGGAGACAACAGACAUGAAGGCAUCUGUGAUAUGGUGAAUUGGAGUGCUUUUGAAAGAAUUGUGGCAAUUGUUGCUGUAAAACUAGUUUUUUCCGGAGUUCAGCAGAGAAAAUGUGGACGGAUACUCUACUUUGCUGGAUGAAGGAUUAAUAGUCUUUUCCUGCCAGGUAUGUGUUGAUUUCUGUCCAUGAACUCUCUGUUAACUAGCCAACUCUAGUUGUGAUGCAUUUGGUCAGGGGUGGCUAUUGUUCAAAGACAAAAUUAAAGAAAAAGUCAGGAGGAAUUGUGGGAGAAGAGAAUGUGAAUGUUCCCAUUUGUAGUGCUGACACUAAAAAAAAACCCAAACAGGGAACAGCUGGGAAAGAAUUUUCAUUGCUGUUCAAAAUGGAGUGAGGUCUACUACAUAAAGGCAUAAUAAACUCCUGACAACCCUCAGGACUUUCAAGCCCAUUUUGAAACUGAGCUGUAUUUUUUUUUUUUUUUAAGUACAAUAGUGAUCUCGGAAAGCCUCUGUUACGGUACCUAAGAUUUGCAUUGAAGGUGGAACAAAAUCCUUUCACAUUUCAAUAGCUGAACCUAAUUGUAAUGAUGUCAUAGUUACCUCCAGACUGCAACAGUUUUCGGUAUCUUUUUUUUAAUUAACUUUCACAGAAGCAUUUUUUUGUAAUUUCUCAUACUGAAACGUUGACUUGUAUUCCCUGUUUUGCUGAUCUCAGACAGUCAUAGUCAGUACAGACUUGUCUUAAACAUGUUAUUUUGACUGUCUGGAUAGAGUCUAGGACAUGGGACCUUCUGAAACAUUAACGUGAGUGUGCCAAAAGUUAAAUUCAGCCCUUCAUUCAAGGUCAAGAGAAUCUGGAGCCAGACUGCAGGCAGAGAUAGGGCCAGCAGAGCACUGUCUAGUGGGUUCGGGAAUCCACUACACAGAUCCACUAGAAUCACAGCCACUGUCCUAAGCUGUAGUGCCUCGACGAGCCUUUCUACUGCCCCAGCCUCGGCGUUCCUUCAGCAUCAUUGGGGUCUACCAGGCAGAUGCUUCUGUCAAGGGCAUUAACUCCAAAGCUUUCCUGGGAGUGCUGUUGCCUUCAUGCUCUGAAUAGCUGACUUCCUUCAAAGCCUAGGCCUUCUGCCCCGAAACUUUCAUUCUUAUCCCCUUAAAUUAUAAGACUGCAAUUUUGCCUGCAGCCCAAGAAGCCCUUCAAGAUCAGUACCCCUUUUACCUGCCCGUGUUUUGUAUAGCUUUGGUCUUCCUGAGUUGGCUUCUGAACGAAACCUUGAAAAAGCCUCCUACCAUGUCAUCUACGAUCUCUUCCCCUUCUACAGUGCUUCCAUUAAUUUCUCUUACUAUUGCCUUGGUAUAGUCUGAAAGGCUGUGAGGGGAAGAUGUCUUUGGAAUUAGCAGAAAGAAGGGAUUAUUGUAUUGUUGAAGACCUGCAAGAGGAGAAAUGAGCAUCUCUGCUUCACUUCCCUCCCCACCUUCCGCCAUCUCCUGUUGCUCAGAUUCAGUACCUGCAUAGAGCUCUGUUCACCCAAUGUAUUUCCCCAAAUCUCCUACAAGCAGCUUCUGGCAAUCACUUAAAUACAUUUCUCCCUCUCUGUCCUGACAGGAUUGCUUCCCUCUAUGUGCCAGCCCCCUUGCUUGCAUCCUUGCUCUUUCAGGUGCUCGCACAUGUUGCAUUGAGCUUUUCAGUAUGAGAAAGUAUAAAUUAAAAGGGAGAUUGCCAUAGUCAGGAUACUGCCAACUGCCUAAAGCUUGUGAGGCCUUGCGUAUAGUAGUUUCCAUGCAGGUUUGUUGCAUGUAAGGGAUCUACUUGCUCAUGCAUACACUCAUAAUUCAAGCUAACCUUGGAUUAUGAAUUCAUACUUCAUAAUGUGUUUUUUAUCCCUGCUUCACCUAUUCCCCAUAGUGAUUAGGUUAUGAGAUUGGAGAAGAACGGUGGCUAUUUUUACCUGUGAAUAACUUCAAUUUGUAUCUUUUGUUUCUGUGUUAUCCUGUUGCUUCCUUUUUCUUUUCACAAGCUGCUAGAUGAUUUAAAAGGAAAUAUAUGGACUUUCAGAGGACUGGCAGUGAGGUCUUUGUUCCUUCCCUGUCAGUACACUAUUGUGACUUGCCACUCUCAGUGGAGUAGCAGUACCUAAAACAAGGCAAAAGGUAUUACAAGGUGCUGAAGUACUCUGUGGUGCCCAGGUUGCAUCUGACAGAACAUAAAAACUUAGUUCCGAGUGCACUGGACAUCAGAGUUUGGUAUAAAAUAAAAGCCUUAUCUUCUGUCUGCUGGAUCUAGAACUGCAAUCAAGAAGGAAAAAGGGAGCUGAUAGGCAGUUACAGAAAGAAGCAGAUGUUGAGCACUGAAAUGUUUUCUUCAGCUGCCAGUAUCUGAUGAUAAUGGUAUUCUGGGAAAUUUACCUGCCCUACAAAAUUUUUGUUUUGUUUGAAAACAGUAGUGCUGUUCAGAUGUGUGCUUUUGCAAAAAUGAAAGAAUAGGUGUAUGCUGAGAAGAUCGCCUCAUUAUACUUGUCUGAGUUGGCAGCUAAAGAAGUAAAUUUGUUCAAAAUUUGGACUUGCAGAUUUGCUGGGAUAGACCUAGCAUCUGUUUAAAUAAAGCUUUGCCUCCAUGCAUCACCUCCUCUUUUUCUUCUUCACUACUUCCCUCUUCUCCCUAUUUAUAUAAUCUUGUACAGUAUUACUGUGAUACCCAUCCUGAUUUAGAGCUCAGUCUUAUGUCUCCUGUCUGUUCUAGCCAGGAAAGCUGACGCUAUUCAACUUCCACCAGCCAGCUGCACCACCUCAGCUUACUGCUUCUUUCUGAGCCUGCACCAUGAUUACAGUUUAGCGUUCAGGUAAAAAGCAUGGCUUAGACACACAGCCUGCUUGGCUGUCCUUGUUUGUACUGUGGUUACUUCUGGAGGAGAGGUGGGGCACUUGGAAUGGUAAUCACUUCAGUCACGCUAGCUAAAUCCUCCUGUAAGCAUCAGGCAGAACCUGAUUUAAGCUGGUAAUACUGUCCUGUUGUCUAUAACUGGACAAUUCUGUUGGGAAAGUCAGUAAAGG